GCGGCGGCGGCGGCGACUUGCUCCGGGCCGGGCCGGGCCGGACCGCGCAGGGCCAUGGCCGAGGCGGCCGCGGCUCCGAUUUCUCCGUGGACAAUGGCAGCCACGAUCCAGGCCAUGGAGAGGAAGAUCGAAUCGCAAGCAGCUCGCCUGCUGUCCCUGGAAGGCCGGACUGGGAUGGCUGAGAAGAAGCUGGCAGACUGCGAGAAGACAGCAGCUGAGUUUGGAAACCAGCUGGAGGGCAAGUGGGCUGUGCUGGGGACGCUGGUACAGGAGUACGGGCUGUUACAGCGGCGCCUGGAGAACAUGGAAAACCUGCUGCGGAACCGCAACUUCUGGAUCUUGCGGCUGCCCCCCGGCAGCAAGGGAGAGACCCCCAAGGUGCCCGUGACCUUUGAUGAUGUGGCCGUGUAUUUCUCCGAGCAGGAGUGGGGCAAGCUGGACGCUUGGCAGAAGGAGCUGUACAAGCACGUGAUGCGGGGCAACUACGAGACGCUGGUGUCCCUGGACUACGCCAUCUCCAAGCCUGAGGUCCUUUCCCAGAUUGAACAAGGCAAGGAACCGUGUGGCUGGCGCCGCGGGGCCCCCAAGAUCCCAGAUGUGCCUGUGGACCCAAGUCCAGGCACAGGACCUCCCGUGCCUGCCCCUGACCUCCUCAUGCAGAUCAAGCAGGAGGGUGAGAUGCAGCUGCAGGAGCAGCAGGCUCUCGGAGUGGAGGCCUGGGCCACAGGGCAGCCUGACAUCGGGGAGGAACCAUGGGGCCUCAGCCAGCUCGACUCUGGAGCAACGGACGUGUCUACUGAUGCCACAUCAGGUGUCCAUUCCAACUUCUCCACCACCAUCCCACCCUCAUCGUGGCAUGCAGAUCUGCCCCCACACCACCCGUCCUCUGCCUGCUCUGAUGGCGCCCUGAAGCUCAGCACCGCUGCGGCUUCCACAGAAGAUGUGAAAAUUGUGAUCAAAACUGAAGUCCAAGAAGAGGAGGUGGUGGCCACGCCUGUGCAUCCUACUGACCUCGAGGCCCACGGGACCCUCUUUGGACCAGGCCAGGCCGCCCGCAUUUUCCCCAGCCCUAUCCAGGAAGGAGCCUGGGAGAGCCAGGGCAGCUCCUUCCCUGGCCAGGACCCGGUCCUGGGGCUUCGGGAGCCAACCCGGCCUGAGAGGGACAUGGGGGAGAUGAGUCCCGCAGUGGCUCAUGAGGACGCUCCUCCCGGGGACUGGCUCUUUGGGGGUGUCCGGUGGGGCUGGAAUUUCCGGUGCAAACCCCCCGUGGGCCUGAACCCCCGGCCAGGACCUGAGGGUCUACCCUACCCCUCUGCGGACAGCGGGGAGGUGGUGCUAGACCCCAGCCAGGUGGCUAUCAGGCCCUUCACUGAUCCCUGCAAGUACCCUGGCCGGACAAAGGGCUUCGGCCACAAGCCGGGCAUGAAGAAGCACCCGCCGGCGCCACCCGGGGCUCGGCCCUUCACCUGUGCUGCGUGCGGAAAGAGUUUCCAGCUGCAGGUCAGCCUGAGUGCGCACCAGCGCAGCUGUGGGCAGGGCCAGGGGGCAGCCGAUGGGGCUGCAGGGGCAGCGGGCGGAGGCACGGCCGGGGGUGGCAGCAGCAGCGGGGGCAGUGGCAGUGGCAGCUCACGGCACAGCAGUGGCCUGCGCUGCGGGGAAUGCGGGCGCUGCUUCACGCGGCCAGCCCACCUCAUCCGCCACCGCAUGCUGCACACUGGCGAGCGGCCCUUCCCCUGCACUGAGUGCGAGAAGCGCUUCACCGAGCGCUCCAAGCUCAUCGACCACUACAGGACGCACACAGGCGUGCGGCCCUUCGCCUGUACCGUGUGCGGCAAGAGCUUCAUCCGCAAGGACCAUCUGCGCAAGCACCAGCGCAACCAUGCGGGCGGUGCCAAGGGCCCUGCUCGACCGCCACCCGCGCCCCUGCCUCCCGCACCCCCCGACCCCUUUAAGAGCCCACCAGCCAAAGGACCCCUGUCCGCCACAGACCUGGUGACUGACUGGACUUGUGGCCUGAGUGUCCUAGGACCCACCGACGCCGGGGACCUGUGACCAUGAGCUGCCCCAUGGCUGCAGUUGUAAAAAAGAUAAAUUUCCUUUCCCUGGAAGUUUGGAGGGUGGGCGUCAGAAGGCAGGAAAGGAGCCACGGAUCCAGGACCCCUCCCACCCCACCCCCGCUGGAACCGGUCACUGGAAAGAAGCACCUAGGCAGGCCAGCGGCCCCCCCCCCCCCAACACCGAGUCCAGUUUGUGAAUUCUGGACUGAGCCGGGUAGCGGUUUCAGUAAUUUAAUUAUGACAACACCUUCUUUUUCUUUCUUUUUUGUGUCUUGUGGGGGGUUGUGGUGGUUGUUGUUGGUUUUUGUUUUGGAUUUUUGUUUUGUUUUUAAACUCUUGCAGAAGAGAGCUGGAGAAGAAUAGUCACCCCCUGUUUUAAACUCUUGUAGUUACUUUUGGUUUGGGAGCCUGCGCUGGGGAGCUGGGCUCGCUGGCAGGGGGACCCUGGCUAGCUGGGGCCAUCAAUGAGGUGACCCUGGUAGACCCCCAUAACUCAGUGGGUGGGAGGGAUCCUUCUCUGGAAAUUAAGGGAAUUGAGUCCCGGCCAUGCAUAGCCCCCACCUGUCCCAAGCCAGCCGGGGUGGACCUCCAGCCUCCUCCUCUCCAGAGGGAGAAAAACUGGAGAGUGGGCAAGCCCCGGGCCCUCCAGAAAGUUGACCUCAGAGAGGCAGCUUACCACUGCCGUUUCCCAGGCAAUCCAUGUCCCCUGAGAGUAGCACGUGGUACAGAUGCCAUUUGGGCAGAGCCAGGAACCAGCCCUCCAGCCCCCCCAGUGAGAUAGAUGCCUCUUGUCCUUGUGUGUAGUGUAUUUUCCUUGUCAAAAAUUUUGUGAGUCUCAUAACGGGGAGGAGGGCUGUGAUCUUAGAGGCACAUUCAGGACAAGGAUUUUCCCAGAUAAUGCUGAGGGAAAGGCAUUAUGACAGUUCCCAUUCAGCCUCCAGCCAAGGGUGUGGGGCAAGAGCAAUCACCUGGCCUUCCCAGGGUUCUGUGUUUGGGGGAGCCAGGCUGUUGGCUUUUGCCAUCUUGAAAGAUUUGGCAGGCCUCAAGCUCUGACUGGCCUCUGGCAUGUGGGGUGCCCCCAACUACUGCCGCCCCAGAACUCUGAGGCAGGCCUGAGAAGCUGGUAACUCUGAGAUGGGCCUGAGUAACCCAACUCAACCACAGAAAUCUCGGCGUCAUUGGUUCCCUUCUGUAAAUGGUUGCCCUGUGUUUCCAAGGUGAGGGGACCCCUACACACAAACACCCACACAUACAUGCACAUCACACACUGGCUUCCCUCUUAACCAUUCCCUCACAUACUUUUAUUAGGCAAUAGACUAGUUAAGAGAAUUGUUUCUAUGUACUGUAUAUUUUGUACCUGUUUACACUUCUAAUAUUGAUAUAACUGAUAUUUUGAAAAAAACAAAUGAAGAGGGAAUGUCUGUUAAAAUAAAACCUAACCAGCACCA